UUAUCUGAGCAAUCAAUACUUGUGACACGUGAAAAAUCUGCUGAUGUACCCUCGAGAUUUGAAAAGGCCAAACGCUAGAUUAAGCGUUGACUAGUGUCAUGAUGACUUCUGCUCUGACAGGGUUUCUGGUCCUGUGUGCCCUGGGGGCGCUCGCGCUUGCCCAAGAAUCCGAGAAAAGGCCCCCGGUGCUCACCAUAGAAGGGCUGGGUGACGUCCAAGGAACAUACGGCAAGUCCAGAGAUGGCAGGACCUUCGAAUCCUACAGAGGAGUCCGAUUUGCUCAGUCUCCAAAAACCUCAAACCGUAGAUUUCUGCCUCCAAUCCCUGAAGAGCCAUGGGAGGAACAAGUCAACGCGACCUGGUACGGGAGACACUGCACCCAGACUUCUCCCCUGAAAGGCAACGACUUUUAUACCCUGCAUCGACUUGGACAGUCCGACAUUGAAGAACAAGCGGACGCCGACUUGGAAGAUUGUCUUUUCGUUCAAGUUUACACUCCUCAGAGGGAUCCAGAUCAACUGAUGCCGGUGAUGGUUUGGUUCCACGGAGGUGCUUUCGUUGACGGUUCAUCGCUCAUCUAUGGGCCUCAAUUUUUCAUGGACUACGACGUCGUCAUUGUCGUUCCUCACUACCGUCUCGGUCCUCUAGGAUUCAUGUCAUUGGAAAUUGAUGAGAUCCCAGGAAACGCUGGCAUGUUCGAUCAGAUUGAGGCCCUUAGAUGGGUGCAGAACUACAUUCAUAGUUUUGGAGGCGACAAAGACCAAGUCACCAUUUUUGGCGAGUCAGCAGGCGCUGCCAGUGUUUCUUUCCUCGCAAUCAGUCCUCUCGCCAAGGGCCUCUUUAAAAGAAUCAUCGCUGAAAGUGGCGCCGCUAUGGACGAGUGGACCAUCGACAGGAACCCCGUCUACAAUGCUUUGGGCGUCGCCCGACACGCAGGAUGCGACCAGCCAGAGGGAUCCCAAGAACUGGUCGACUGUCUGAAAACUGUCGACCCCAUGAACUUGACGAUGGCUUACAAAAAUAUGUGGAAACCGGAACAGAUUGCCUUGGGAAGGACUGGCUUUGGCGGCUGCACGCCAAUCAUCCAGACCUUUGGAGAGCAAAAGUUCAUUGACAAGGAGGUCAUGGAAUACUGGAACGACCCUGAGUUUGAAAGUGUGCCCGCGAUGUAUGGGACAAACAAACACGAGGGAACCUACGUCAUGGCUAUUGCAUACAACGACUUUUUGCGGCCCAACGGACUAACCGAGGACUUCAACUUCCUGAAGUACGACUGCAUUGAUGUUUUCUUGAACCUCUUCGGAGUCAGGGAUAAUGGUUACUUUGUGGGUGACGCUGUUGAGUACGAGUAUAUUGGUAUCGAUAGAAUGGGCAACUUGACUGCAAUGAUCCCUGGCAUGGUCGAUUUUUCUGGCGUUGCUUUCCUCAAAGGAGCGUCCUACGAGAACAUGAAGCUGCACUCCAAAUUCGGCAAAAGCUAUUGGUACACCUUCAAUUUCAAUGGGGCACUUUCACUUUGGUUUGCGAUUGCGUCUUCUGUGUGCGUCCCAUUCCCAGGAGGUGUUUGCCACGCAAAUGAGCUGUUGAUGCUUUGGAGUAUUCCUGUGUUAGACCAAACACUCAAUGCAGAAGAAGAGGAUCUUUCCAGGAAAAUGGUCAAAAUGUGGUACAACUAUGCUGCUUAUGGCGAGCCAAAUCCUCCAGCAAAUCCAGUUGAGGGAGUACCACCAAUUCCAGAAUGGGAAGAAGAAAGCAACACUUACAUCCGUUUAGAUAAUCCGGUGGAAGUGCCUGUCGACUUCACAAAAGAAUACACCAUUGCCAAAGAUGAGGACUUCUCGUUUGGUUACGAAAAUGAAUGGCCACAAUGUUAAGAAAAAAAAUCAAAAUCAUUAACUUGAAA